AUGGCCGCGUCAGCCGCCUCCUGCGUGGGCGGGCUGCUCUCCCCCCUCCUCGUCCUCCUCGUCCUCUUCGCCGGUGCCCCCGUUUGGGCCGAUGGGGCCACGACUUCGGCGGAAAAGGACGUCCCCGAGUGGGCGUCCAGUAACACGCUGCACCUCACCCUCUCCACCAAACCGGGCCUCCAAUUCGCAACCAUACCGCUGACCGAGAAUCUGGGUCUCAACGAGUCGCAAAGCGCUCGCGGGAUUAUCAACCUCCCGGGCGAGCUCAGGCCGGUCAACGUCUCCAACUAUAACCAAAUCAGCGGACCCCAGUUCAUCGCCUAUCUGCCCUGCGACAAAUCCGGCGGCGAUAGCUUCAUCAGCCCCGACAAGAUGCUCAAUGCCCUCAUGUCCCAGCGGCCCAAGGCCAUCGUACUCUACUCGACCAGCCGGAACUGGUGUUCCAUCACGAGCCAGGGGCCACUGUCCUAUACCAGCAUCCUCACCAUGGCCGAUGCUGGCGAGGCUAGCAACGUCCUGAGCUACCUCGGCGGGUCUGCCGUUGAAGCUCUGGUUCAGGGAAACGCGACCGAGGACCAGUCAGUCAAUGAGUCCAACGGCGGGGGCGGAAACAACUCUGCCGUUGCUAUGAGCAUCUUGUACAGCAUCACGGGUCUCAUCACACUGCUGUUCCUCAUCAUCAUCGCUACUGGCGCUAUUCGCGCUCAUCGCUACCCCGAGAGGUACGGACCGCGCGGCGCCGUCGGCGGUAGGCCGCGCCAGAGUCGCGCAAAGGGCCUGGCCCGCGCCGUCCUCGACACCAUUCCCAUUGUCAAGUUUGGUAAUCAACAGUCCUCGGAUAAGCCGGACCCCGAGCUUGAGCUGGAGCCUGUCAACACGGAUGUCGCGACGCAGCAGUCGACUAGAGACCCGCGUGCCGACGCGGCGGCGGCGACAUCCCCGAGGCGGCCGAGUCGUGACACGAAGGCGUCAACAGCCAAUACUGCCGCGGCCGCGGAUAGCGGACAGACGGAGGACGGGCAUUUGGGCUGCUCCAUCUGCACCGAGGACUUCAAGGUUGGAGAGGACGUCAGAGUCCUGCCCUGCAACCAUCAGUUCCACCCCAACUGUGUGGACCCGUGGCUCGUCAACGUCUCCGGAACAUGCCCUCUAUGUCGACUAGAUCUAAGGCCCGGGCAGGGCAAUGCCAACGACGGCCCGGCCGGCGGAGACGACGAGUCUCUGCCACCACCACUCGCGCUGGAGGGAGAAGACGGGCAGGGCAGCUCCACGUCUCACGGCAACCGAUUUGCACGUCUCCUCGACAUCAACAGGCUGCGGCAAGCCCCCGUGGAAGAGCGGAUAGAGGCUCUCAGACAGAUGCGGGCGCAGACAAACGAGAACGACUCUCAGGACGGAGAGGGAGGAGACCGGCCACCACAUGGGGCUCGUCUUACCAAGAAGCUCAAAGACAAGUUCCGGAUCCGAACCAGAGCCCAGCUCGCAGGGCGCCGAGAGGGGUAG